CCCAUUUACUCCAAACGCCCCCGAGACCCAGCCGGCCGCAUCCAGAGCUCCAAACCCUAGGCGAGGCGAGGCAAGGCGCGGCGAGGCCAUGGAUCCCGACGCGGUGGCCAAGGCCUUCGUGCAGCACUACUACCAGACCUUCGACUCCAACCGCGCCGCGCUGGCGGGGCUCUACCAGGACGGCUCCAUGCUCACCUUCGAGGGCGAGAAGUUCGGCGGCGCCGCCGCCAUCACCAACAAGAUCGGAUCCCUCCCCUUCCAGCAGUGCCAGCACAAGAUCGACACCGUCGACUGCCAGCCCUCGGGGCCCCAGGGCGGCGUCCUCGUCUUCGUCUCCGGCACCAUCACCACCGGCCCCGGCGAGCACCCGCUCAAGUUCUCACAGAUGUUCCAUUUGCUGCCAGCUGGAGGGUCCUUCUAUGUGCAGAACGACAUGUUCCGCCUGAACUAUGGUUAAGGAAGGUCGAACACUCUUGCAGCAAAGAACUGGUUCAGGGAUUUAUGUUGAAUGAUGAAUACCGAAUGAUGCUGUAGACUCUUUGCUUGUUUGUCAAUUUGUGGAAAUCAUCGCAAGAAAUUGCCAGACUCGAUAGGCAUCAACCAGAUAUUUCUUUAUUAUGUGUGGGAUGUAGUGUGGCCUUGCAUUGUUGUCGCUCGGGUAACACUUCCUCUGGAAUGCUGAAGGAAACCGUUGAAGUAUUGUCAAUGCAUGUCAUCUUUGGGUU